AGAUGAUGCGCGCUCUCCGAUGCUACGCGCUGCUGCCGGCGCUCGCGUGGUCGCUCGCGCCGCCGCAAGUGCUGGACGCCAAGACCGUCGCGCACUCCCUCUGGCAGGAGCGCGACCUCUUCGAGACGAGCGUCCACGCGCUCAUCACGCGCGGACCGCCGGGUCCCCCGGCCUUCCGCCUGGCCUACAUGCCCUGCCGGAACCGCGGCGAGAUCCUGCGGCUCAUGCUCGAGGAGGCCCAGGUGCCCUACGAGCUGGAAAUAGUAGGCUUCAGGGCCUGGCGCGACGGCGGCGUCAAGGCGACGACGCCGCACGGGAAGCUGCCGGUGCUCCGCGACUACGACGGCCGCGGCGCGGACCUCGGCCAGGAGGGCGCCAUCACGCGCUUCCUCGCGCGCAAGCUCGGCCUCGCCGGGCGCACGCCCGAGGAGGAGGCCACGGUCGACUCCCUGUACUGCUUCUGGUUCGCGACGCUUCGAAACAACGGCGUGUCGCACGACGGCGAGCACUUCUCCUGCGCGGCGCUCAAGGCCGUCGAGGACGUGGGUGAGUUAGCGCGGCCGCCCUACGGCGCGGUCUUCCGCCAGAACACGCUCUCCAAGGCCGAGCGGAGCCUCGUGGCGCUGGACUUUUUCGAGAAGACGCUGGCGGACGCCGGCACGGGCUUCCUCGUCGCCGACGCGCCGACGGUCGUGGACCUGGGCCUCUUCUACAUCCUCUACGAGCUCGGCGAGGACGACAUCUGCCCCGACUGGGCCGACAAGUUCGGCCUGCCCCUGCUGCGCGCGUUCGCGGACCGCGUCGCCGCGCGGCCGCAGAUCGCCGCGUUCCUCGCGUCGCCGGCGCGCAUGCCGCGCUACGCCCGGGAACCCUCUGGCGCGAGCCUCUACACCUACCUCGCCGGGCGCGACUCGCCCGACUUAAGCCUCUAGCU